CAUGUUGAACUAUAUUUCAUAUUAUUAAAAAAAAAAUCAUGUGACAGGGACUAUAUCUUAAAAAAAAUGCAGUUCAUACUUGCAAUUCCAGCUUAUUCCAGCUUGUGUUUCGAUAGCGUCAGUGUUCUUAUUGCAUGACACGAAAUAUGGCAAAAUUCCAUUGUUCGAGUCGGCAAAAAACUGAUCAUGUCACUAAGGAAGAUGAGAAAAAAAGGCUUUCUUCUGGUUCUUAAUUCAAAUUAAAAACAAAAUUUAUCGAACACUGUUUGGCAAUGAAGAAAGAAACGGAAUCGGCUGAAGAUCUUAAGGCUUUCCCAAAAAAAAAGGUCAGCUUUCUAAAACAUGUUACUAAAUUGCUGACUGGUUCUUCCAGAACAAAAACAAAACAGAAAGAAGAUAUAUCAGAAGAAGCAAAUCAACUCAUACAGGAUCAUGAGAACCCAAAACUGGUCAAUAUGGAUAUAGUAAAAUCUUCCGCGAAAGAAUAUGAUCCUGAAUCCCUUUCUCUUCCAAACUCAGAACAGAUUAAAGCCAAACUGAUCGCCGUCGAUAAAUACUACGGAUUUGAUAAAAUGCCUCAAAGUGUGAAAAAGGAGAAUAAAGGUUUCGCUCAAAUCAAAACUGAAAAAGAGAAAGAAAGACCGAGCUGGGGCUACAUCAUGGAGAGACCUUUGCUUGAGCAGUAUGUCCUAAUGAACAACUACAUCAGAAAAGCGUCUGUCCUGGCUGAGCUGGAAAACAUAGAAGAGAUGGAAAAAACUGGAAAGCAAGUUGAAAUUAAAGAGUAUGAAACAGAUACUGACAUUUCACUACCCUCGGAUUAUGAAACUGAAUUGAGACAAUACAGAAAAUUCAGCAUGAUGAAAGAUUCAUCAAAUGAUAAUGCUAAUUUGACUGCGAGCAGCAAACAGAAAAUUUUUAAGGACAACAGGAAAACUAUCAUGAUCGAUCCCCCCAAAAGGGGAUCAAAAUAUCGAGGCAGUUCAUCUAUUAAAAGUGAAAGUACCAAAUCGAAAAGAGUCACUUUUGCUGAUUUGAUAAUGCCUAAAAGAGAAUCACCAGAAACAGUUGAACCAGAUCUUACAAACUGUCCUUCUGAUUCAGACCCACCGACUUCUUAUAAAUAUCUACCCCCUGAAUUUAUCACACAGGGAAGCAGUUUCAACGAGUUGGAACAUGUAACUUUAUCCAAGGGAAAAAAAUCACCUAAAAAAUCAGACACAUCUGCAAUUGAAAAAUUUGCCACUAAAUUUGGAAUUAUACGUGAGAGAAGGUCGUCCCAUCCAGUCUCCAUUAAUGAAGAUGAUGAUGAUGAAUCUGAUGAUUCAUCAGAUGAUAGUUUGCAAAUGAGAUCAACAGGCUCUUCUCUACGGUCUAACAAAUUGUCACAAACAUUAAAUCAGUCUAAAGAGAAGCCACUGGCAUUUGCAGAAUCCAGUCGUGCUUCUGACAAACCAUUUUCUUCAAUUGAAGAAAAUGAUCAAAGGAAUAGACCGUCUAAAUUUCAACCACGUGAAUAUUUUAAUACAAAUGAUUCGCAGAAUCAUUCAAAUGAUGGAAAUGACAUGAAUUCUCCUGAUGUUGAACAAAAGGAAAGUUUCCUAGAAGUACCAGAAGAAUUUAGUCCCAAAAAUUUUAUUUCACCAAUUGAAGUCCUGAGGAUACAAGCUGAGGAAAUGAAAAAAGAGAAAAAUAAAAAAGAUUAUGAUAUAAAUGAUAUGCUGGCAAAAUCUCUUACAGGAAAUAAAAAGUUCAAUGUGCCAUUAAAAAAUUUAAUAGCUGGUAAAUUUGAACAAAGCAAAGGAAAUAGGAGAGAAACAAUGAACAUGCUUUCAUUACUAAAAGAUUUUGGGAAAUUUGAACCGAUUCCAUCAACGAGCAAUUCACCUGAUGUAAGCCUAGAAAGGAAAAAUACUGAAACUCAUGAAGCAAACACUCAAAUAAGUCCGCCAUCAAGAUCUUCUGUCAACAAAUCAUUAGUUGAACUUCCAUCAGAAGAUGAUAAGGUCAGUGGUGUAAAACGCCAAAAAGGAAUAGAAAAAUAUGUUGAAGAUUUAAAGUCAAACGGCUUAGAUCAAAUAUCAUUGAUAAGAAAAACUCCCAGCAUGGAGAUUGUCGAAGCUGAAAAAAGACGAAGAAUUAAUAAGAUCAUUGAGGAGAAAAAUCAAGCCUUCCAAAAGUCUUUAAGCUUGGAUAGAAAAGAAUUUUCAAACGAAAUAAUUGAUGGUAGGAAAAGGAGCCAGAGUAUGGAUUUAGAGAGGAUAAAAAUGGACAAUCCAGAAUUAGAAGCAGGCAAGCGAAGUCAAAGUCUGGACAUUCAACAACAAAUAAACCUCGCUUUGAAAAAUUUCAAAAGCCCUGCUUUUCAACUUGAAGAGACUGUGCCUCUUGAUAAAAAAAGUAGCCAGUUGGAUAUAACGAAGGAUUUUCAAGCAGAAGAAAUUUUUUCAACAAGCGAGAGUGAUGAAUCAGACAGCUCUGUGGAGCGUUGGGUAGGUACCACUGAUGCUAAUAAAAAUUUACCAAGUUAUACUAAAGGGGCGAAGAAUUUGAACAUAGAUGUGAAUACAGAUAUUAUGAAAAACCCUGACCGGACAGGGCUUUCAGUGAACAACAGAAGUUUUCCAUUCAGGGAAACAGACAACAAAAGAAAUUUUUCAACAUUAGGCUCCAAACCUGCAGAGUUUACAAGUGAAAUGGACGAAAGGAAAACCAGCAUUGUUGAGAGGUCCCAGGCAAUAUUUGAUGCAAACAGAAACGAACGUUAUAGCCAGGACAGCAACAGGAAAAAAUCUGAGGAAAAAUAUAACAAACUUAUGAAACAUCCUUAUCUCGAUCUUGUUCCAGACGAAAGGAAAAAACAAUUAAGCAUGCGGGGCGAUGACAAAAUGCACAGUUUAUUUCCAGAUGAAUUUAACCAGGAGAUGAGACACAAAUUAUCAGAAGACAAAAGGAGAAAGUCUCAAUUUCCCAAACAAUAAAAUAAUGUCUGUCACUUUUAAAA